AUGCAGGACGACUCCGCUCACUGUCCUAGUUACACGGUGACAUGUGAGGACUACGUCCACGUGGUUGAGUUCAGUCCUUUCAGCUCCGGUGUCCCUGCCUCUCUUCUGGCCUAUGGUGGAAACCAGUAUGUGGUGGUGGGCACCUGCCUCUUCCAGGAGGAGGAUGUGGAGGUGGAGGGAGUUGAAUUCAACGUUCUUCGAGCUUUUCGUCACGAGUUACGUGUCGAUUCUCUGGCUUGGAGUCCCGAGUCUCGACUGGACAGAAUACCUACUAUCAGAUUGUGCACGGCGGCAGCUGAUCGAAAACUACGCCUGCUGACUUCUGAUCUUCAGGAGCGGCAUGAAGUCAAGGUGAUGGAGGGCCACACCAGCUACAUUAACCAUUUGGUGUUCGAGCCCACAGAGGGGAAACAAAUCGCUUCCGUCAGCGAUGACCACACUUGCAGGUUGUGGGACCUGGAAGGGAAUGAAACAGCGGUUCUACGACUCCGCUCGCCGGGCGUCAGCGUGUGCUGGCAUCCAGAGGAGACGUUUAAGUUGAUGGUGGCGGAGAAGAAGGGGACAGUUCGUUUUUACGACCUGGUCACGCAGCAAGCCAUCCUGUCACUGGACUGCGGACACUGCGGCCCGCUCAUGUCCGCCGACUGGUGUCUUACCAAUACCAUCAAAGUGGGUGGCGUGGCGGGCAACGACUGGCUGAUCUGGGACAUAACGCGCUCCAGCUACCCUCAAGAGAAAAGACCGGCCCACAAAGACAAAGCACGACUAUUUAAAUGGUCUCUUGCCAAUGAAAACCUCUUUGCGACCACCGGAUGUCCCGGUAAAAUCAGCAGCCAGUUAUUCAUCCACCAUCUUGGCCACCCUCAGCCGGUAGUGAUCGGGUCGUCUACGGUCGGUUCUGGCCUCAGCUGGCACCGGACGCUGCCACUCUGCGUGGUCGGCGGCGACAGGAAGCUGUGUUUUUGGAUGACUGAGAUGUAGCCGGAUGAAUGGAUGCACCGUCCGUUUUAGUAAAUGUUCAAUAAAAUCUAUUUUUUC